CAUGAGCUACUCCGCAAAAGCUUAUCGACGCCGAGUACUCUUUGAAUUGGAGAAUUGAUUGGUUCUAAGUACAUGUUGUCUCAAGCGGUGGAUAAUCUGGUCAAAGGCUUGCUUCCGGGGUUGCCCACAAGAGAUAGAAGGAGAAAAUAGCAAAAAGGAAUGAACUAGGAAUCAACAUGGACAAGCAAAGAAGAGAUACCAUGGACACCGAAAUAGCUUCCUCAGAAGCAGCAGCAGGAGGUGCACCCCGAUGGAGAAUCUCCAAGGCUUGCCAACAAUGUCGACGCAGGAAGAUUCGCUGCGAUGGAGGCGAACCAUGUCAGCACUGCAAGCAGAAAAAGUUGGAAUGUGAGUAUCGUGGAUUUGUGCGACAGCGCAAACGGAAGCAUGAGUUGCUCAAGAAUGAGGAUGCUGGUGCUGGUGCAGGCGAAUUUGAUGAUGAUGAUGAUGAUGAGGGGGCCGAAAGAGAUGCCCAAGCCUCGGCGUCGGGUCGUGGGAAAGGAUUUGCGGGUAGUCGCAAGGCUUCGAGGUCGAUAUCAGGCCCCGGUCAUGGUACUGCUGAUGGGGGCAGUGGUAGAAGAAACGAUAUGGUUGAUUACAGUGUUGCGGCAACGCAUGUUGCUUCACCUUCAUGUGUGAUUCAGCUAUACUACGGCCCGCAUUCUAAUUUUUCGCUCAUGCAGUUGAUGUAUCGCCAAUUAGUCGAUGGGCUUGCUAGCGAAAGCAACAACAAUUCUUCAUCUACAUCACGAAGAGACGAGGUUGAAGAAGUUGGUCCUGGGUUGGAUCUGUUUAGUUUCCGUCGCUUAUUCUUUGGCGAUCUUGCCGGUAAUCAGGAUACAUCACUUUCCGGGGGGUUGGGAUUAGGGUCCAACUCAUUAUUUUUCAUGCAUCCGUCAACGGCUUCAAAGUAUUUGGAACGAUUCCUAUCGACUAUUUACUACUUGACGCCUUGGAAACCCAAGGAUCGCUAUCGACAAAUGCUCAAGGACUUGUAUCAGAAUAAAAAUGACAUGUCCUCGGAUAGCCCGCAGACGACUUCGUUAAUUCUGAUGAUGGCCAUCGGUGCAGCGGAGGUCAAAGAUUACGAGAUGGGCGAUAUCUUAUACAAAAAGGCCAAAGCGAAUGCAGUAGCAUUUGAUGAGAUAGUGAAUGUGCAAACUAUCCAAGUGCCUAUAUCCGAGAAAGCCAGGCCGAAUUCCGCCUUUCUCUGCCUUGGAACGGCAAUAAGAAAGGCUCUUGCAGCCGGACUACACAAGAAUACACGAUUUAAAGUCGAGCAGACGACUGAGGAUGCCGAAGAGAAGAGGUUGACUUUUUGGAGCUUGUUUUUCUAUGAUAUUUGGAUAUGCUUUGGUCUCGGCCGUUCAAUGACUAUACCAGCCCAUGAAAUCACCAUACCGAGCCCAAAGGAGAACCCCAUGCUACUUGCUCUUGUUGAAAUAGCGCGUAUCAUGGCCCGAGCAACACGAGAUAUGUACAAUCAACGACAUGAUUCUUUGUUGCUCAUGUGGAAAAGUGCUAGAGAGAUCCGCAAGGAAGGUCAAGCUUUUGCUCGACGCGUACAGGGGGUCUUGAAUUUUGGGAUUGACGCAUCACCCAAGACUGGGGAAGUUGGUGUCUGUCAGAUUGUUCUUCAACUAUUGUACCAUAGUACGAUGCUUCUCACAUUUCGUCCUUUUCUCGUCUUCAGAGCAAGAUGGCGGCGAGAUGGGAUUAUGAAACAAGGCGAAACCUUAUCGAGCGGUAGUGAGAAGGGUGGAAACAUUCCUCCAUGGCUCGACGAAGCGUGCGAGAGCUGCUUGGAAGCUGCACGAUGCAUGAUCCGCAACCUGUCCGGAGCAUGUCAAAUAAAUCAAUAUGUUCGGGAAAUAACUUAUCACGGCUUCAUGCUCGAAACCUCCUGCUUCACCCUCGCCUUUGACAUGAUGCACUCAACACCUCAAGCCGCCGAAAAACAUCUCCCCUGGGUCCGAUCUGGCCUACGCUGUCUCUCUACCUUACUACCCAUCGACAAUUACCAGGGACAAAUCCACAUGACGAUGAAUGCAAUUCAGCAAAUGCUCAUAGCCGUAUUUCCCGAAUUAUCAACCGCGACGGGUCCCGAUCUCUCCUCCCCCAGCGGUGUCUACGACAGAUCGACGUGGGAACCGGAUAAACUCAGCGGCAAUUUGAGUGAACAUAACUAUCACCUAUUGACUAGACAUUCGAUACCUAACAACACUAACACAACACAAUUCGCGCCCAAUAAUGAUCCGGCAGCGCAACAGGCACAAUCACCUUAUACCCAUCAAAGGGUAUACAACAGUACUCCUUCCUCGCCCACAGCACUCCGGGAUAACAGCAUCUACACCAAUCCAUCCACAUUCUUCACCUCCCUCGGUCAAAACCUCAUGGCGACACCGGGCAGUUCUGCAGAUAGCAAUAACGCCAACGCAAAUAGCAUCUCAGCAGAUGAUAAUAUCGGCAUGGUUGAUUUCACACAGGAUGAUAUACCCAUAGAUUGGAAGGAUUUUGAUUUGUCGACUAUGGAUUUGGAGACGUUCAUGUCUAUUGAUCCGGUGCAUUCGUCGGCGGCGAAUAUUAAUAAUCAGCCUGUAGAUUAUUUUAACGGAGGGCCUACUGCGAGUCAUGGUGUUCAUGGGCAUGGGCAUGGUGGAUGGCCUGGGAAUGAUUUUGGGUUUGGUCACGGGAGAUGA